AUGCACCAAGCGAAGACGGAAGCGCAACGUCGGAAAUCACUCGGAGAUUGGGAAGAGGUGAUCAAGGAUAUGAACCGGUUGGUCGACAAAGCCGGAACUCGACCUCAAUCACUGGAUGAAGCGGUGACGACGACCUCUCCGGUCGAGUAUUACACGCGCAGCUCGGCCAACCAGAACACUCCCUGUGCCCUGACAGAAGCAGUCCUCGGAGCGCUAACAGGCGCGACUCCUAAACGCUUGGAAAUACGACUUGCUCCUGGUCAACAACGCCCUCACGUAAACCAAUUGCACCAGAUGGCGCGCAACUUGCAAGGCUGUGUCAACGUUCUCGUGGAACACCUGUCUAGGGUACAGGAACCAUGGGAAGAAACCUAUGUUGGAGGUGUCAACGGCGUGGAACCACCAGCUGUCGUGACUCAGUUGAAGAAGAAGCAGCGUAAACGGCAGAGACUCGACUCCUGCUUACCACCAUCGGAAAGCAGCGCACAAUGA